AUGGAAUGGGAAGGACAGUGUGACGAAAAUGCCGUCCCACAGUAUAAAGACCUGUUGAGCUUCAUUUUGAAACGGUUACGCACACUUCAGAUGUGUAAGCCAAACUUAAGUCAACCAGUGACAAGUUCCAUCAAGCCCAACCGUGGCAAAUCUUCCUCUCACGUUGUUUCUGAGCGUGUGGUAAAGUGUCCCAACUGUAAACAGCCUCACGCAAUCUCUCAGUGUGAGUCAUUUUUGAAUCUAUCUCCGAAAACUCGAUUGGACUUUGUCAAGAAGCAUCAACUUUGCAUUAACUGUCUGCGUGGAGGUCAUUUGGCUAAAGACUGUCGCAGUAGCUUGUGUCGGACCUGUGCAAAGAGACACCACAGCUUACUACACCUUCCUCCCGUUACAUCCGUUCCGAGCGUAGUAGACGAAGAGGCUUCUACAUCCACUACUUGCAUAGCAGUUGGUUCAGCAGAUAACAUCGUCCCACAUGCGGGAAACUUGUUUCCGAGAUCGGUAGCACCAUCGGUGGUGCACUCACAUAACUCACCACAGGCAAAUGGGUCGUCGUCGGUAGUUGUAUCGUUUCCGCAUUCGCGCGCCGUUAAUAGCCCCUCUCUCUCGUCGUCGGUUUAUCCGUCUGAAUCUAAUGAACCACUUCCUUCUUGCUCUUACGAUAGCACGAUAUUGCCCAAUCCGAUAGCCAAACCUCGAGAAACAAUGGUGUUUUUAUCCACUGCGUUAGUACGAGUACAGGACGCCAAUGGUAUUGGCCACUAUGCCAGAGCCUUGCUCGACAGUGGGUCGCAAUCCAACUUCAUAUCGGAGUCAUUAUGUCAGAAGUUGGGAUUGAAACGCACUCGCAUCAAUAUACCCGUAAGCGGAAUUGGUCAAGCAACAGUCAGUGUACGUUAUAGUGUGCAGGUUGCUCUCGCUUCUCGAUUCGGAAAAUUCGUACAGGAUAUAGAUUGUUUAGUGCUCCCGAAACUAACUGUGAGUCUUCCUAGUUGCCAUGUGGAUAUCUCGCGGUGGAACAUUCCACGAAAUUUACCAUUGGCGGACCCAAAGUUCAAUAUUAGCCAUGGAGUGGAUUUGAUUGUUGGGGCCGAACUUUUCUUCAUGCUGAUAGAAUCCCAUCAAAUGAUUUUGGCUGAUAAUUAUCCUACGUUGCAGAAAACUUUGCUUGGUUACGUCGUAUGCGGCAAGUAUUCAACAAACAUGGUCAAGACGGUGGCAUUCCAUGUGGCCACUGAAGCUGAUUUAAACGUUCAACUCGAGAAGAUGUGGGAAGUAGAGAACUUUGACGUUGGCAAGUCUCUCACCCCAGCUGAACAGGAUGUCGAAAACCACUUUCUGCAAACCGUGUCACGCGAUACUGAGGGACGAUACAUUGUUCGCUUGCCCUUCCGGGAAUCGAUGGCUCCCCUGUUGGGUGACGCCUUCGACCAAGCAGUUCGACGUUUGCUGCUUAUGGAGAAGCGGUUUGUUCGGGACAAGGAUCUGCAAGACGCCUACGUAAAAUUCAUGGACGAGUACGAACGAUUAGGGCACAUGGAAGUUGGUUCACGCGACGCGGGCCCACAAUAUUUCCUUCCCCACCAUGCUGUUCAUCGUCCGGAAAGCAGUACAACAAAAACUCGAAUUGUCUACGAUGCUAGCAGCAAGGGAACCGGUGCUCUUUCCCUCAACGACGUCCUUCACACUGGUCCCACGGUCCAGCCACCACUGCUAUCCACCGUGUUGAAUUUCCGGAUGCCGCAGUACGUCUUCACUGCGGAUGCGGAAAAAAUGUUCCGCCAAAUGUGGGUUUAUCCAGAAGAUCGGCGAUAUUUGAAGAUCGUCUGGCGACGCGAUCCCUCGUUGCCACUACAAGUGUACCAGCUGAAGACGGUGACCUAUGGACUUGCGUGUUCACCGUACCAAUCCGCUCGAGUACUCAUCAAGCUCGCCGAAGAUGAGGGACAAAACUACCCGCUCGCUGUGGAAAUUGUGAGGAGUCGUUUCUAUGUUGACGAUGUUCUCGCUGGGAGUGACAGCCUCGAAGAAGCCACCGAAAUUUGUCGCCAACUACGGGAGCUACUCGAUCUAGGAGGAUUUUCGCUCAGAAAAUGGAGUAGCAAUAACCAAGCCGUCCUAAGACACGUCCCCACUGACCUGUGGGAAAGUGCGCCUCAGAUGGAAUUAUGUCGUUCGACGGUGACUGCUCUAGGUCUUCUAUGGAGUCCACAAAGCGAUUGUUUCGGCUUUAAGGUCCCGCAACUAGCAGACUUGCGAAUUGUGACCAAACGCAUUGUUGUGUCUGAGACUGCUCAACUGUUUGACCCUCUAGGUCUGCUUGGCUCAAUAGUGAUUAGUGCUAGAAUGUUCGUCCAACAACUUUGGGCCAAAAACAUCUCAUGGGACGAAGAACUUUCUCCAAAAGACAGUGAGUGGUGGAUGGAAUUUCGAAAAGAGCUGGGCCUCCUCAAACAGCUUGAUAUUCCUCGUCGUGUUCUAUCAAAUCCAGACCGCAACUACCAGCUCCACUGUUUUUGUGACGCCUCUGAAAAGGGCUAUGGCUGCUGUGUUUAUGUCGUUGGUCCUGAUGGAGAGGAGCAUCUUACCAGCCAUCUUUUGGUUACCAAGGCUCGAGUAGCCCCAUUGCGCGGAUUGUCGGUGCCACGUCUCGAGCUCUGUGCAGCGGUGGUUGGAAGUCAAUUGGUGAACAAAUUACGAAAUGAGACGGACUUCUCGGGACCAGUUACCUUUUGGACAGAUUCGACAGUAGUGCUGUAUUGGCUUCGUGCUCCGCCGUCCAAUUGGAAAGUGUUUACCUCUAACCGUAUCGCCGAGGUGCAACGACUCACCAAGGGUUCCGAAUGGCGACAUGUUCCAACGGAACACAACCCAGCUGAUCGCAUUUCACGUGGGAUACGCCCUAGUCAAUUAAGGGAAGAUAUCCUAUGGUGGUAUGGGCCACCAUUUCUCAAGCAUCCGGUUACCUGCUGGCCUGAAGCACUGCCUAACUCUACGCCCUCUCGGAUCUCGGAAGUAAAUUCCGAAGCACGCCAAAUUGUCGCAUUAAGCUGCCUGGAGGUCGAUGAUUCUAUUAUCUCCAAAUUUUCCGACCUGGGGAAGCUCUUGAGAACAGUCGCAUGGUGCAAGCGAUUCUCUUACAAUAUACGAAGGGAGGCUAAGGAACGUACCAUUGGCAGACUGACUCCAGCAGAAAUCGAAGGGGCUCUCAAAUCACUUAUUCGCUUGGCACAAGUAACUACUUUUUCCAGUGAAAUAAAUCAAUUAACUACUAAAAAUCAGGAUUUCAAACGUGAUGUCGUCAGUGAUUCUAAAUCGCCUCUAAGGAAUCUCAAUAUUUUCCUCGACGACAAUGGGUUACUUCGCCUGGAUGGUCGUUUGGCAAACAUGGAUGGUCCAUAUAAUACAAAGUUCCCCUUGUUGCUCCCGGCAAAACAUCAUUUGAGCUGA